AUGGGUGGCGAGCCUGAGAAGCCUGCACUUGAGCAAUACGGCAUCGACCUCACUGCGAAGGCCAAGGAGGGAAAGUUAGACCCUGUUAUUGGCCGUGAUUCCGAGAUCCAAAGAACAAUUCAGAUUCUGUCACGGAGGACGAAGAACAACCCUGUCGUGAUCGGAAAGGCCGGUACCGGAAAGACGGCCAUCCUCGAGGGCCUCGCGCUGAGAAUUGUGCGAGGUGACGUUCCCGAGAGUAUCAAAAACAAGCGUGUUAUCGCCCUCGACCUUGGCUCACUCAUUGCUGGUGCCAAGUUCAGGGGCGACUUCGAGGAGAGACUGAAGAAGGUCUUGACCGAAGUCCAGCAAUCCGAGGGCGAAGUCAUCCUCUUCAUCGAUGAGCUGCACACCCUGCUUGGCCUCGGCAAGGCCGAAGGUUCCAUCGAUGCGAGCAAUUUGCUGAAGCCAGCGCUUGCUCGAGGCGAGCUUCAGUGCUGCGGUGCCACCACACUGGAGGAGUAUCGCCUGAUCGAGAAGGACGUCGCUCUUGCACGAAGAUUCCAACCCAUCAUCGUCAACGAACCCACCGUCCAAGACACCAUUAGUAUUCUCCGCGGUAUCAAGGACAAGUAUGAGGUCCACCAUGGUGUGCGCAUCACCGACGGUGCCCUCGUCGCCGCCGCUACCUACUCAAAUCGCUACAUCACCGACCGCUUCCUGCCAGACAAGGCCAUUGACCUGAUGGAUGAAGCUGCCAGUCACCUAAAGCUCCAGCACGAGUCCAAGCCCGAAGACAUCAUGGCUCUCGACCAAAAGAUAAUGACCAUCCAAAUCGAGCUUGAAAGUCUACGGAAAGAAAAGGAUGUAGCCAGCCAAGAGCGCCGCGAGAAGCUGCAGGCCGACCUGAAGAAGUACGAAGAAGAGAUCGCCGAGCUUACCAAGCGCUGGGACGCCGAGCGUGCCGAGAUUGAAGGCGUCAAGAAGACCCAAGAAAAUCUCGACAAGGCCAGGAUCGAGCUCGACCAGGCCCAGAGAGAGGGCAACUUCGGGCGUGCUUCAGAGUUGAGAUACAGCGUGAUUCCAUCUCUCGAGGCCAAGAUCCCCAAGGAGGGCGAGAAGCAGAACGGAACUCUCAUCCACGACGCGGUCACAGCCGACGACAUUGCCGCGGUCGUGUCGAGGGUCACCGGAAUCCCCGUCUCGAAGCUCACCUCUGGCCACAUUGAGAAGUUGGUUCACAUGGAGGACAGUCUCCGCCAGGCAGUCCGCGGUCAGGACGAAGCCAUCAAGGCCGUCUCCAACGCCGUCCGCCUCCAGCGCGCUGGCCUCAGCGGAGAGAACAGGCCGACGGCCUCAUUCUUCUUCCUGGGCCCGACCGGUGUGGGUAAGACGGAGCUCUGCAAGAAGCUCGCAGGCUUCCUCUUCUCUACUGAGUCUGCCGUUGUCCGCUUCGACAUGAGCGAGUUCCAAGAGAAGCACACCAUCUCCCGCCUCAUCGGCGCGCCGUCUGGAUAUGUCGGCUACGAGGACGCUGGCCAGCUUACCGAAGCUGUCCGCCGUAAGCCCUACGCUGUCCUCCUCUUUGACGAGUUCGAGAAGGCGCAUCGCGACAUUUCCGCGCUCCUCCUCCAGGUUCUCGACGAGGGCUACCUCACCGACGCCCAGGGCCACAAGGUCGACUUCCGCAACACGAUUAUCGUCCUCACAUCCAACCUCGGCGCAGACAUCCUCGUGGGCGCGAACCCGCACCACCCGUACAAGGAGACGGCCGACGGCGAGAUCGACCCUGAUGUCCGCAAGGCUGUCAUGGACGUCGUCGCCGCAAACUACCCGCCCGAGUUCCUCAACCGCAUCGACUCCUUCAUCGUCUUUAAGCGGCUGGCCCUCAACGCCAUCCGCGACAUCGUAGACAUCCGCCUGAAGGAGCUGCAGGUCCGCCUUGAUGACAAGCGCAUCAUCCUUGACGUCCCCAACGACGUCCGCGACUGGCUCGCCGAGCGCGGCUACGACCCCAAGUUCGGAGCCCGCCCGCUCAACCGUCUCAUCACCAACGAAAUCGGCAACGGACUCGCUGACAAGAUCAUCCGGGGCGAGCUGCGGCACGGCGAGACGGCUGUCGUCUCGGUCAAGCAGGACGGUUCUGGCCUUGAGGUCGCGGCGCAGAACAAGGAUUAA